AUGGGCUUGAUGUAUGAGCAGCCAAAGGAUGGCAGGGGCUACCUGACAGUCAGCAUCGAACCACUUCCACCUGUAGUGGUUGGAGAUGCUGUGACAUUGAAAUGUAAUUUCAAGACGGAUGGCCGGAUGCGAGAAAUCGUCUGGUACAGGGUAACAGACGGUGGGACCAUCAAGCAAAAGAUCUUCACAUUUGAUGCCAUGUUCUCCACCAACUCUUCCCACAUGGAGAAUUACCGGAAGAGGGAAGAUCUUGUCUAUCAGUCCACUGUGAGGCUGCCAGAGGUCCGGAUCUCUGACAAUGGGCCCUAUGAGUGCCACGUGGGAAUCUACGACCGAGCCACAAGAGAGAAGGUGGUCCUGGCAUCAGGCAACAUCUUCCUCAACGUCAUGUCUCCUCCCACUUCCAUCGCUGUUGUGGCUGCUGACACACCUGCCCCAUUUAGCCGAUAUCAGGCUCAGAACUUUACUCUGGUCUGCAUUGUGUCAGGAGGAAAGCCAGCCCCUGUGGUUUACUUCAAGAGAGAUGGUGAGCCCAUUGAAGCGGUGUCCCUGUCAGAACCUGCGGUUGGGACAGCUGCCCUCCAGGACAGCAGGGCAUUUCGUAGCCUGCUGCACCGUGACCUGGAUGAUACUAAGAUGCAGAAAUCGCUCUCCCUGCUGGAUGCUGAGGGCAGGGGUGGACAUCCCUAUACCGAGGGACCCUUCCGGGGCCUGACUCCGGACCCAAGCCUUUUCCUCCAACCUACAACUGAGAACAUCCCAGAGACUGUGGUGAGCCGAGAGUUCCCCCGUUGGGUCCACAGUGCAGAGCCUGUUUAUUUCCUGCGACAUAGCCGUGCCCCAGGCAGUGAUGGCACUGUGGAGGUGCGUGCCCUGCUCACCUGGACCCUCAACCCCCAGGUGGACAACGAGGCCCUCUUCAGCUGUGAGGUCAAGCACCCAGCUCUCUCCAUGCCCAUGCAGGCUGAGGUCACACUUGUUGCCCCCAAAGGCCCGAAAAUCAUGAUGACACCCACCAGAGCCCGAGUGGGAGACACUGUGAGGAUCCUGGUCCACGGCUUUCAGAACGAAGUCUUCCCGGAGCCCCUGUUCACUUGGACCCGAGUGGGGAGCCGCCUUCUGGAUGGCAGCACCGAACACGAUGGGAAGGAGCUGGUACUGGAGAGAGUACCCGCCGAGCUCAAUGGCUCCAUGUACCGAUGCACAGCCCAGAACCCCCUGGGCUCCACCGACACCCACACCCGCCUCAUCGUAUUUGGUUCUGCUCCGAGCCCUGCUGGUGCCAGGCUGACUUGGCUGUUGGCCCUAACAGUGAUCCUUGAGUUGACGUGA